AUGGAAGUCGCUAAAAACUUACACAAUUUAAUUGUAGAAAGAAGAGAUGAUACCAAGUGGUUAAUUAGCAUAGUUAAGUUCUGUGAUUAUGGUACACUGACGUGUUUACUGAAUUCAACGAACAGAAGCAAGGACAGAGAAGAGAUACAUAGAGAAAUAUUGAACGUGUUUAAGUGCAUAAAACUAGUUAAAAAGAACUCAAAAUACAAAAUAAAACCAAUCAAAUGCUUCAUAAGAAGUGAAGAAGUAGAAGAUGAUCUCUCAAAGCACAUUAGGCAGAUUAAUUCAAAAGGUAUGAAAUUAACGAAAUUGAAUUUAUCCGAUAUAAUGGAAUGUAUUGAAUCAGGUAAAUUGACAGAGGUAGGCUGUAGAAACAUAUUAAGUGACUAUAAGAACAGAGAGUAUGCCAGUGCUAUCUUUAGGAUGUAUCAGAACAGUGAAUACAUCCGUUGUGCACUAUUUGAUACAAAUGAUUUCAAUAAUUGGCUUAGCAAAAACCAAUACAUUUAUUUGGAAGCGAAUCAAACAGUGGUAAUAGACAGAAUCAAGAAAGCAGGUGUUUCAGGUAAAAAUGAAAUCAAGAUCAAAAUUGAUAGGAUGUUGCAGAGCAAUAAUGAAGCCAGAAGGCAUUUUGGAAUGAUAUUAGCUCAGCACUUUGAUUACAUGGAUUUGAUUAUCAAAAAUAGACUCCAUGAAGACACCAAUAGAACAAUUCGAAACAAAAUUAGGAGGAUAAGUCUGACAGAGAGCAUCUGCAACAAAAAGAAACCUAUCAAAAGAACCAUUAGUGAAAUACUGGAAGUUUCUCAAACUAAGGAGAAAUUGUUUAACACACCUGAAUACUUGGAUAUGCUGGAAUCAGUCAACGAUAAAGAACUGAUGAAUAUCAAAAAUGAAUUAAGAGAGAAAUACUUUGAGCCACACAGUUUGACACUUAAAUCAGACAUCGAUAAUUAUGACUGGACUAUCAUCAAGAAAACAAUUGGAAUAUUCAAUAGGCUCAAUUUGAUCAACGAAAGUCUAACGAUAUUGGUGAAUUGCAAUUAUUGGGGAAUCACUACACAUGUUAAGGAGAUAUUCAAGAAUAUUGAUCUAUCAAAAAAUAACCUGAAUUUGAUUGAAAUCAUCAGAUCACUGAACAAGAAUUGUAGGAAGAGUGGUGGAUUAUCAGCAUUCUUUGGUCUCAUCAACGUUGAUGUUGAUUAUAUCAUUAACAUUUAUAUCAACAGUGAUGAAGUCCAUAUCAAAUUCCACUGCCUGAAUAUUCUGAGCACAUUGCUUAAAACCAAGCAACUUGGACUAUUUGAUUUAGAUUUCAUUCUUCUGAUGGAUGAUUUACCAAAUUACAGUGAAUUUCUAGCAGAAAAGGAUAUUAGCAAACAACAGCUGCUUCUUAAUGAAUUACAGCCUAUUGAACAGACCAAAAAGAAUACUCUGGGAAGUAUAGCAGUCUACGAUUCAAAAAUAACAGUGAUCAGAUCAGUAGCACUUUAUUUAUCAAUUGCAUUUGAUGCUAUGAAACAUAGCCACUUCAGCGUGAUCAAUUGUGGAAUAGCGCUAUAUGCCAUUCUGUUACAGAAGAUAGAACAAUCAACAUGGCCCAAUGAUCUAUAUUUGGAUGAAUAUUCACGUGAUCUGAUCUAUGAGCAUAGAAACAACCUGAAAAUAUUCGUUGUGAAAAUAUACUCAGUAUUGAUCAAUUUAACUGAAAGAGAAAAGGAUUUUCUGGUAGAAGCAUCAAAAGAACAAUCUUACGAAGGCGUAGCAACAAAAGAAUUGUUGAGGAAAACCAAUAUUGUACCAGGUAGAAGAAUUGUGUUCAAGAACAAUGUACCAAAAUACAGAAUAUUCUACCACUUGCUGAAUAUAUUGAACCAAUACAAUGAUUCAGAAGUAGAAUGUGCAUUUGAUUACAUCAAAAAUGAAUUGGAUAUUGAUAUUAGGUAUCAGGAAGAAGCAAGGAUAAAAAUAUGCAAUAAAGCAAAAGAAGAAUUGGACAAAGAUGAGAUUGAAGCACUAAUUAGGUUGUUAGAGCAGUGUGAUGCAAUUGAAAUGAGAGAUUUCGCCUAUGAUAUUGAUUUAUUAAAAAUGCCCUAA